UAUUUUUUUAAAUAAUCCACCUAUAUAAAUAUGAUAAAGCUGUGGCCUAGUAACAUGAUGUUCAGCUAUCGUCAACUAAUAAUCUUAAACACCAUGUCAGGCCGGCUGUCUCGUUAAGAUUUCUUCGACAAAACUAGUAAGUCCAAACUUGUAAUCAUCUCCAAAAACUCAUUGAUAGCCACUAACUAGGAAGCCAAAUCUCCAAGAACAAAACUAUAAAAAUCUCCACCUUAUAUAAUAACUUCAUUGUAAAGGCAACAAUUAAACCUGUAGCUAAAGAUGGCAAUAGCAUCAUGUCAGCUGCUAGCAUUGCUUCUUCUUCUUACAACAACGUACAUAUCAGCAGCUUCACAUCCUGGAGGAUUGAGAUUGGGUCCUAUUAGACGACCACUGAUUCAAAAAUCCAGUUUACAGUCCACAGAAAUCCCACCAGAAUAUGAAACACAUUACUACACACAAACACUUGAUCAUUUCAACUACUAUCCCAAGAGUUAUGCCACCUUCCAGCAGAGAUAUAUUUUGAACUUCAAGUACUGGGGGGGAGCAAAUACUAGCUCUCCUAUCUUUUUCUAUGCAGGUGAAGAGGCAGACAUACUUGGUGAUGUUCUUUAUGUUAAUUUUAUUGCUGAUCUUGCUGCUCGUUUCAAAGGUUUACUAUUGUAUGUUGAGCAUCGUUAUUAUGGAGAAUCAUUUCCAUUUGGAUCCAACAGAGAAACAUACCAAAAUGGGAGUACACUUGGAUACUUGAGCUCAGAACAGGCUUUGGCAGAUUAUGCACAGGUCAUUACAGAUGUUAAGAAGAAUCUAUCAGCACUGAAUUCUCCAGUCAUUGCUGUCGGAGCUUCAUAUGGUGGAAUGCUGGCUUCUUGGUUUCGUCUGAAAUACCCUCACAUUAUCAUUGGUGCUUUGGCAUCUUCUGCUCCAAUUCUAUACUUUGAGGAUAUCACACCACAACAUGGAUACCACGCUGUUGCAUCCAGAGACUUCAGAAAUACAAGUGAGAGUUGCUACAACACCAUUAAACAAUCUUGGUCAGAAAUUGAUAGAGUUGCAGCUGAAACUAAUGGACUUGUAACUCUUGGCAAUAUCUUCAAUGCAUGCACGCCUUUGAACUCAUCUCAAGAGCUGAAGGACUACUUAACCAUCAUUUAUUUGGUGUCAGCUCAGUACGAUAAUCCUCCAGAUUAUUUUGUGGAGAAUUUGUGCAAGGCCAUUGAUGGAGCUCCACAAGGAACUGAUGUUCUUGCAAGAAUUGCUGUUGGUCUCAAUGCCAGUAUUAUUUUUGGACAAGGUUCAUGUCACUAUAUUGUUGAACCUGAAACGGUAUACAGACAGAGCUCAUGGUCAUGGCAGACAUGCACUGAGAUGGUAAUACCGAGGGGGGUUGAUACCAAUGAAACAAUGUUCGAAUUUUCUCCCUUUGAUCUCAACAAAUUCACAAAAGCUUGCCAAGAAGUAUUCGGUAUCACCGUCAUCCCAAGGCCUGGUUGGGCCCCUGUACAAUAUGGUGGCCGUAAUAUAAAAUCUGCACUUGAAAAUUUUGCAAGCAACAUCAUUUUCUCCAACGGGUUCCGCGAUCCAUGGAGCGCAGGAGGAAUUUUAAAGGACAUAUCAGACACUGUUGUCGCCAUACAUACAGAUCAAGGUGCUCACUGCUUGGAUGUGUUAAGUCCUAAUGCAACAAGUGAUCCUGCAUGGCUGCUGGCUCAGAGAGACAAAGAGAUCCAAGUUAUUGCAUUUUGGCUUGCAGAGUACUAUGCCAAACUUGCUACAAAUACUGCCAAUUGAACGGCUUGGAAGACUCUUCUUCUUUCCUUUUAUUUGGUUGAAAGAAAAAAAUUGUGAUGGGUUCUGCUUGAACCUGGAGAAUCACUAUUCGCUUGAGCUAGAAUAUUGAAAUUGUAACAAAAUAAAUUGCUUUCAAUUUUUAUCUCUCA